AUGCGACCAAAGAAAAUAAAAUGGGCGCCGCUAGAAGAUGGAACCGAGGACAAUGAAGCCCAUCUACUUUCCGCAGAAGAAGACGAUGGUCUGCGAGCACGAUUGCGUGCGCGAGAAAAGCCAAGACUCUCAGUCAUCAAGGUGAUCAUCUUCACACUCUGGACUGUAGCGGCGUUUGCUGUAGGCCAUUUCACAGACCCAUCGUGGCGUGAGGCAAAAUGGGGUUCCUUCGAAAAUGGUUUUGUCGAAGAGAGAGUCGUGGCUCCAGCCGACAUUUUUGAACUUACCCAGACAGUCUUCACGGGUGGAGUAGACUUCACGCCAGAUGGCGAAGAAAUUCUGGGCCCGUCUCUAUAUGUAGGCGAACCUUCACCUGAGAUUGAUGCUGCAUGGGACGCGAUCAUUGGAGGCAGAACGCACUACUUCUCCAUUUCUAAAGAAGAAGCUGUUGCUCUUUGGGGUAAAGAUGCUCACAGAUACAAAGAUAGGCCUCAAGGUGGCUUCACUGGAACGUUGGAUUUAUUCCAUUGCCUACAUUGUCUCAAUCAAUUGAGAAAGGCAUUGAGAAGAGACAUUUAUCCAGAGGAGAAAUAUCGAGGCAUGGUGCACCAAUACCACUGUAUCGAUCACUUAAGACAAGUGAUACAAUGUCAAGCAACUUCUGUCAUUUCCCCUACAGAGUGGCACGAGCAUCGUGGCCAGUAUGUUGCGCCAAAACAAUUGCAUACAUGCCGAAACUUUGAGAAAAUACAACAAUUUUCACAGGCAAGGUGGAACGGCACAAUCGCAAAGCCACGCUUUCCACACUGA